AUGGAGAAUGUCUCUCACGAAGACCCAUGCAGGCAUAACGUCAAAGAAUACACAGAAAAUCUAAACCAAGAAAUACCUUCCGAUCCCUCUUUUCUCCGUACAAAACUUCCUCACUUUGAACGACUCUGCAGAAUGAUCUCUAAAAUAGAUGAACAUCGUUUCAGACAAAAACUAGAGUACAUAAAUUUAGAAACAUUGAAUAAAGAAGAAAAAGUAGUAGCGAAAGAAAUGAUUAAAAACGCUCUAGAACUAUUCCACUUACCAGGUGAUACGACCACCGGUGUCACCUUACAAUUCUCCUUUAUGAAUCGUAUCAAAGAAGGCAGACUCGAACGAAAACAAGAGGUGGAGACUUGUCAACGCAUACUAAACGAAAAAACAAUUAAAGACAGUUAUCCUCUAUCCAAUAUAACCGACAUUCUAGAUCAGUUGGGUAGCGCCAAAUAUUUCACUAUUUUUGACUUAGCUUCGGGUUUUCAUCAAAUCGAAAUGAAUAAAGGCGACGCACAGAAAACGGCAUUUUCAACCACAUAUGGGCACUAUGAAUUUACUCGCAUGCCGUUUGGUUUAAAAAACGCACCAUCUACAUUUUAA